AUGUUGUCCGCCUUCAAACCUCGACCGCUCGUCGAGCUCAAACCGCGCGACAAGUCCAAGAUCGAAUCGAUCCUUGCCUACGGUGAUCGCUUGCUCGUCGGAUUGAAUAAUGGAAGCUUGAGGGUAUACCGGAUUAACGAAAGCUCGGGUGGUGAAGAGGGCGAGCCAGGGAGAAAUAAUGGGCAUACGGCGGAGAAUGCAGCCAGCACCCCCGUCAAUAAUAAUGGCGACCAGGAGGAAGACCGUGGUGGUGGCCGGUCAGUGGCAGCUACGCCGCCGCCGCCGACACCCUCGGUCAAGCCCACGGAUCUUUUGCGCGAACAGGAGAAGUUCUCCCGAUAUAAAAUCGAACAGCUGGCUAUCAUCAAGGAAGCGAAGCUUCUGAUUUCCCUGUCUGGGGGAUACGUCUCCAUCCACGAUCUUCAGACCUAUGAGCUGCAGGAACAGCUUACGCGAACCAAAGGCGCGACUUCGUUUGCGGUGACCUCGAAUAUCGUCAACGAUCCGGAAACCGGUGUUCCGUCUAUUGUAUCCCGCCUUGCAGUUGCCGUCAAGCGGAAGAUACUCUUGUGGUCAUGGCAUGACAUGGAACUCAGCUCGGACACGGUGGAAAUUACGCUCGUCAGUGGAAUCAAGACUCUGACAUGGGUCUCCGGGACAAGGUUGAUAGCGGGCCUGAGCUCUAAUUAUGUCAUGGUUGACAUUGAAACUAUGGAGCUCAAGGAUCUGGUUGGACCUGGCAGCAUUGGCGGUGGUCCAGGCCAGGAGUCGAGUCGACUGGGAGGAGUCGGUGUCGCCAGCAUGAGCUACAUCGGUAUGGGAGGAAUGGUUCCCAAGCCGCUCGCCACCCGACUCAGCGAGGGGCAGGUUCUGUUGGCGAAGGAUGUCAAUACCCACUUCAUCGAUAUCGAUGGUCAUUCACUAGGUAAAAAGCAGAUACCAUGGAGCAAUGCCCCCGAGGCUGUCGGAUACUCGUAUCCAUAUCUAUUGGCACUCCAGGAACCCUCGAAGGGGACUUUGGAAGUGCGGAACCCAGACACGCUGUCCCUGCUUCAAUCAAUCUCCUUGCCUUCGGCAAAUCUCCUGCAUAUUCCGCAACCUAAUAUCAGCCUUGCUCAUGCCGGCAAAGGCUUCUUGGUGGGCAGUGACCGGGUGAUCUGGAGGAUGGAGGCUCUUAGCUACGACUCCCAGAUCGAUGCCUUGGUUGAAAAUGGUCACCUAGACGAGGCAAUCAGUCUCAUUACCAUGCUGGAAGAUGCACUAUUGAAGGACAAGGCCGGUCGGUUACGAGAGGUCAGGCUUCAGAAAGCCCAGAAAUUGUUCAACGCACGGAAGUAUCGGGACGCUCUGGAUCUGUUUGCCGAGGUCUCUGCUCCUCCUGAGAUCGUCAUCAGUCUCUAUCCUAGGAUUAUCGCUGGAGACCUCUCUUCUUUCGUUGAGGAGACUGAGGAACAGGACACGAGUGGGGAUGACACCCCGAAGAAAUCAAACGGCCUUCAAACACACACAGAAACACCUAGCACUGAAGAUGCAUCGCCGCUCAAGGCCUCUUAUGCUCCGUCUCUGACGUCCUUUCUACGGGCCAAAACGGAUGACGCCAGUGAGACAGGGAGCAUUCGUGGAAAGCCAGUGGACAAUGGUCAAAAUGAAAAACGACUUGAAGGGAAAGACCUGAAAAACGCAGUUCGCGAGCUUCAAGGCUACCUGGCCGAUGUUCGAAGGAGAUUCCAACGCUUUCUGAACCCGGAUGGGUCACUCAAAGCAGGAUCUCUACAUGCCAAUGGGGAAAUUGAUAAGUUCGAGGAGUCUGUGAGGAUGUUGCUGGGCCUGUCCAAGGAUGCCGAAAGCCCCGAGUUCGAGGAGAAGCUGCGAGAAACAGCGAAACUGGUCGAUACAACCCUAUUCCGAGCCCAUAUGUACGCAACGCCCUCCUUGGCCGGCUCUCUUUUCCGCAUCGCCAACUUCUGCGACCCGGAUGUGGUGAUGGAAAAGCUCGAGGAGAGCGGGCGCCAUAAUGAACUUAUCGAUUUCUACUUUGGAAAGAAGAUGCAUCGCCGUGCCCUGGAGCUCCUUCGGAAAUUUGGUCAGUCCUCGGAGGAAGAGGACAGUCCUCCCCAACUGCGCGGUCCCAAACGCACGGUGGCCUACCUGCAGCACCUGCCGCCAGACAUGAUCGAUCUCAUCCUCGAAUUCGCGGAGUGGCCGCUCCGGGUCGAUCCUGAGCUGGGGAUGGAGGUAUUUUUGACAGAUACAGAGAACGCAGAGACCCUGCCUCGACAGCGCGUCGCCGACUUUUUGCAAGGGAUCGAUACAACUCUCGCUGUCCGGUAUCUCGAACAUGUCAUCGACGAAUUGAACGAGAUGAGUCCGGAUCUCCAUCAGAGGCUGCUUCUGCUCUACCUGGAACGGCUGAUGAAGCACAAAGAUGGAGAGUGGAAGUUCGAGAGUGAAGACGCCUUCCUGGCGUGGAGAGGGAAGCUCUUGGAGUUUUUGAAAUCUAGUUCUCAAUAUUCUCCCGCUAAGAUGCUGGAUCGUCUUCCCCGCGAUGACCCGGACUUCUACGAAGCCAGAGCGAUUGUGUUUAGUAAGAUGGGCCAGCAUAGGCAGGCUCUGGAGAUUUACGUCUUCAAGCUCAAGGAUCCCGAAAAGGCGGAAGAAUACUGUAAUCAUGUUCAUCGAACGGAAGAGACAAGUACGGCAGAGGCAGCUCCCUUGCAAUGCUUUGCGCCUACCGACGCCGAGGACGCCAAACCAUCCAUUUACUUGACCUUGCUGUCCCUCUAUCUCUCGCCCCCGCAUGGCUACGAGCCGCAAUACGGCCCUGCACUCGAUGUCCUGGCCAAACAUGGCUCCCGCUUACCGGCGAAUUCGACCCUCAACCUGAUCCCCGAGACGCUUCCGGUGCGAGAACUCGAGUUUUAUUUCCGCGGCCGGAUGCGGGCCGCCAACUCGAUUGUGAACGAGGCACGGAUCGUUGCCAAUCUGCAGAAAGUGCAGAACAUUAAGACACAGGCCCAGCUGCUCCUUGGAGAAGGCCUGCCCGGCGAUAACAAAGCGCGGAGUCGCCAUGUCACCAUCACCGAGGAGCGAGUGUGCAGGAUCUGCCAUAAGCGGCUUGGAGGGAGCGUUAUCAGCGUGUUCCCAGAGUACGUCACGUCUGCCCCAAACAUAAGUCCGACUGUGCGAUCUGCUGACCGUUAUUGCAGUAAUAGCGUCGUUCACCUUGGUUGUGCGAAUCGUAUGAAUGCCUCUACAUAG